AAUUAAUAAACCAAUUCAGCCGCAAAGCGUUGCGACUCGCCACCGUUGGGUUUUGCCAUAUGAUUAGAGAGGGGGGGAGGUUUCAUUUCAGCCUUCAUAUUUCAGCCUCCCCUCUUUGCAUACUAGAUUAGCUCAAGGUUUCGUGUUGAGAUUCCAAACCCACCGAAGAAGGGAAUUCCGUGACCGGGUUGGGCGAUCGGGAGAUGGGAGGCACGCGGCUCCGCAGGUGACUUGAGAUGGAGGCUUUUGAGGCUGCGAAUGAUGGCAGCCGCGCAGGUCCGAUGGGAUGAUGGCAUUUUAUCCGAAAUCAGUUAGUCUAGUAAGUAGUGCACAGUUACUAGUAGUACUCCGUAGUCCCAGUCGUCCCCAGUCACUUCCAGCCCGCCGCCUCCCUUGCGUAACUUCCUUCGCCUUCCAAUCCCCUUCAAUCAUCAGGGCUCCUUUAAUUGUUACUACGCCUUGGCCACGGCUGCGUCUCCAUCCGGCUGGGCAGUUGAGCCUCCAAAUAUUUUUUUGUUUUGUUUUUUGUUUUGUUUUUGUUACUGCCUGUCUGGCUUGGCCUCUCAUAAGAGUCUGGUCCGAUUGCCAACUCCGAAGGGGGCAAAAAGAGGUGUGCCGUUUCUACGGUCGGUCAUUGCUAAAAUUAGCGUGGGACCAGCUGGUAGAAGUAGUGGUAGUAGUGGUAGUAGUAGUAAGUGGUAGUGGUGGUAGCAGUAACAAAUGCCACUGCCUAAACAGUGGCAGUCAAGUCAGUCAGUCAGUCGCACGGCUCACUCGAAUGCAGCCUUGCCCAGGUUGUCCCCUGGUAACGCAGCCGAAAAAGAACCUUCAUUUCCCACUAGUAUGAGGCUCUCCCUUCCCCCAUUCCAAAACUAAUCGUCUCAUCACUCCCCGUUUUGGGUUUACCGCUUGACCGCCCCUCUCCUCGUCAAGCUAGCUGAAAGUGAGUCGCCGCUGAUGCCUGUCUCGCCGGACUGUCGCACUGUGCCGCUUGGACUAUCUCCAACGGAAGAGCUAGGCUUAUGAAUCUCCAUUCCUCCUCCUGCCUCCC